AUGAACUCGAAAAAUGAUGUGGGCGAAAGCCUGCUGUGCGGGGGGGAGGACAUUUCGGCGCUCGUCGUCGACAUGGGGUUCAGCACAACAAAAAUUGGCCACAACCAGGAAGACACCCCUAGGGUGUUUUUGCGAAGUACCUGCGGGGAGGACAUAUCACCUGGAGGGAACGCUACUGAUUCGAACGAUGCUGCCAGCGCAGGUAUCCGUGAUAAUCGCCACCCGAAGUUGAAAUUCCCUCUGAAUCUGCACAACCCAAAAGAAUAUAUUCGCAUAAAACCGCUCUUCGAGAGAAACCCAGUGGACAACACAACACACAUGAACAGUGAUGUAUUCGAGAAGAUCCUGCAGUAUGGCAUCGAAGGAGUAGAGUCAAGGAGAGUCUUCGAAUGCACAGAUGAAAUUGUCGAUCCGAUAAAGUUGGGUGGACUAAACUUACAAAUGGAUGAACAUCCAAUUCUGUUAUCCGAAGAGAACAUACACAACCACAAAGUGAGAGAACAAAUGACGGAAAUACUUUUUGAAACGUUUAACAUCCCUGCAUUGUAUUUUGCGAAGAAAGCAAAGUUAUCUGCCUUCAGUUUAGGUAGAUGUAGUGCACUAGUUGUGGAUAUCGGGGCGAGUUCACUAAAUGUAACCCCCGUGUAUGAAGGAUACGUGCUGCAGAAAAACUCCUUCGAAUUUAACAUUGGCGGGGAUUACUUUGACCGUUUGAUUUAUGCUUUGCUGAGGAAGGACCAAGUGAGGGUCAUUCCGUAUUACCAGCAGCGGCUGGGGUGGAGCGCCGGCGUGGCUACCUGUUCUGGUAUCGUCUCACCCUACGCCAAUGUGCAUACCUCCUACGAGGAAGAAGCCAUUUUAGACGUCAUUCGCUACAUGAAGGAGAGCAUCUGCAGAGUUCGCGUCGGACAAAAUGAAUCUACUAAUAAAAAGAAUGAAAGUACGACGGGGAGUGUGAAAAAUGGAAAGGAGGGGGAAUCUCCCGGGCAAACAAACAACGGUGCAAAAAAUGGUAAUGCACCCACCAAAUGGAAAACGGGGCAAGACGAAGAGGAAGAGGAAUUCUUUGAAUUACCCGAUGGGGUAAAAAUCAAGACAGACCAUUACAAGUACGACAUUGCAGAGGAAUUAUUUCGUGCUGUUCCAUCGGAUCAAAAUUUCAAUGGACUACCAGAAGCAAUAGUUAAAUGUAUCAUCUCGUCGGAUGUAGACAUACGGAAGGAAUUGCUGCAGGCCAUUAUUGUCACGGGCGGAUCUUCUCUCUUUCCUGGGUUGGUUGAUCGUCUAUACAACUCGCUAAGAGAGAAGGAGUGCUUUUCGCAAACCAUCAAAAUGAAGAUCCUAAACAUGACUUCCACCGUGGAAAGUCUGUACUCCUCCUGGUUGGGGGGUUCCAUACUGGCCAGUCUGGGGACCUUCCAGCAGUUGUGGGUUUCUCGGGCGGAGUACGAAGAAGGGGGUCACUCCAUCAUCCUCGAUCGCUGCUUCUGA